ACCAAAACAUAAACAAUGAUGUCCAGGGAUUUACAAAUGGCGGCGGAUAUCUUUCAGGAAGAAUUAACAGCACAGCCAUUUGGUGCACACGAAUACAGUCCGUCUCAUGAAAGCGACUAUAGUGAUUUCUUAUCACCGACAAGAAGUGUUGAAAACGAGUUAGAGCACGAUGCGGAUUCAGAUUCAUCUGGUGAAGAUAGAGUGUUUGAAAAUAAAGCACGUGGUCAAGAAUUUAAAAAGAAACUCAAAAGACGCACAUCUUCUAAUGUAUUUACAUUUAAAAGACACGCUGACAAUGUUCAAAACAUGCAGAAAGUUAAUAUAGACGAAUUUACAGAACUUGAUUUAGAUUUAGCCAACACAUACAAACAUUUAAACUCUAAUUCCAAACAAUUAUUUUUUCAAAAAAAGUCACAUUCUUUUUCCUCCUCUACUGACGAAAAUGAUUCCAGAAGUUCUAGCUCUAAAACACUCCCCUUAAAAGCAAAUAUUGAAUCAAUUUCUUCUACAUCCACAGAGGAGUGCGAUGAUUUGAAACAUAGAUCAAAGAAAACAAGUGCAGUAGAUGGCCUUCUGUUUGAAAUUUACGAUAGAUACCAUAGCCGUGGUGAAUUAUCACAUGUCGUAGACAGUGAUAUAACAGAGUGCUCAACUACUAGCUUUACAAGUGUUUAUGUUGCUUCAAGUUUUGAAAACGAUGAUCGUCCAAGAUUGGACAAAAGUUAUUUGCAAACCAAAGAAGUUGAGGAGUUAGAAAAAAUGGUAAGAGAACUAAAACGUGGUACUAACAUGCUAUCGUCAAAACUAGUACGACUGCUCAAACAAAGAGACCGAUCAGCUCACAAGAUACAAGACAAUUUCAAUGUUUUAACUGCUUUGUUGCAAGCUAUGUCGCAGAAACGACGUGUUGAUACCAGAAUCCGUUUUUCAUUUAUACCACGUCCAGGAAAAAGAGGUUUUAGACAAUGGGUGGAUGCUGUGAAAGCCGUUGCAAGAAUAUAUCCUGGAGUUCCAGCCGCAUGGCGAAAAAGAACCUGGUUAUCACUUGCUGAAUAUUUUUUAAAGGACGCUGAUUGGGAGAAAAUAAAGAGACUUUGUUUUAAUGACAGGCGGAACCCAGAUGAUGAUGAACUAGACACACAAAUUGUUAAGGACUUACAUCGUACAGGGUGUGGUUGGUUCUUUGAGCAUGACACAGCUGAAGAUAGGGCAAGCUUAAAAAGAGUGCUAUUAGCAUAUGCAAGAUGGAACAAAUCGAUUGGUUAUUGUCAAGGAUUUAAUGUCAUUGCUGCACUUAUUUUGCAAGUUAUGGAGGGUAACGAAGAACAUGCUUUAAAAGUGAUGAUAUUUUUAGUAGACUAUGUACUACCUCGAAAUUAUUUUGCAAAUAAUUUACGAGCAUUAUCGGUGGACAUGGCAGUGUUACGAGAUUUGAUGUUAAUCAAACUACCAGACCUUGCUAACCACCUUCAGCAACUUCAAAAGGAGGCUAUGGAUAAAUCAACUAACUCCACAGCUAGUUAUGAACCUCCACUCAUAAACAUGUUUACCAUGCAGUGGUUUUUGACCUUAUUUGCAACUUGUUUACCAAGGAAUACUGUGUUAAGAAUAUGGGACACUGUUUUGUUAGAAGGGUCGGAAACUCUGCUACGUGUUGCAUUGGCAAUAUGGGCGAAACUAGGAACAUAUUUUGAUAACGUCUUGACAGCUUCUGAUUUCUACAUGAAGAUGGGGAAACUCAUUCAAGAGCUGAUCAGUGAUGACUUUAUUGAUGUGCAGAAGCUGAUGCAGGCGGUUUAUCAAAUGGCUCCAUUUCCUUGGACAUGCUUGAUUGAUCUCCGUGAAAAAUAUACUUACGAUAUCCAUCCAUUUAGCACAUUUACUGCAGAAAAGGAUGAAUCCAAGAAAAUUGUCAAUGUCAAACCUGUGAGUGACGAAGAAGUCGCUGAAAGUGAAGACGAAGGAAUGGUUGGUUGUUUGGGUUUCGUGUCCAGCCAAUCAGAUUCACCGAUUAAGCAUCGAUCGAAAACAGAGGCGCGCAAGACAAUGCGGCAAAGUAAAUCUGAUAUUACAAAAGCCACUCCAGGUGCGUAUAUCACUGACCAAGACACCCAGAACGCGUAUAAAGCACAGAUUAAAGAAAAAGAAAUAUUACGAGAAACGGAAAAAAUGGACCUAGGUAAAUUGCGGAACCAAUAUGGUCGAAUGCGAAGGUUACAACAGAAAGCUAUGCUUGUUUUUAAUUCCAACGACUUUAAAGACGAGUCGAACCGUUUGAAGAACCCACCCUGUGCUAUCAACCAUUUAUUUGUCGACGUCAGCAAAGUUGCUCCUCCAAGGACAAGAUACCGAAAGCCGUCGAAUUUUCCCGCCUUAAAAGCACCGAGCAAAGGUACACCAUCUUUAAAACCCGUCAAAGAAUCUUCAAGUAAAAUAAUACACGAAAAUGACUUCUCAAAUAGUAUAAUGACGACUUCGCAGAACAACAACAGAGUUAAUAGUAGUAUUUCGCCAAAUGUUAUGGCCGACAACGCUUCAUUUACGAGUCCGUAUGUGACGCGCGAGAUACAAGCGAUUCCUGAUGAACCUGAAGCACACGCGUUUUCUAGUUGUGACGAUACUGCGUCUACACCAAACACAAACAGUUUCCACAACAACGCUAAAAUACCUAAUACCAUUCAUUUUAACAAAAAGAAUGACGCGGAAUUGAAGUCAACUUCUCUGCUGUAUCAAAUCGAUAAAAGCGCUCUUUACCCUUCGAACUUCAAACCUUUUCCGCACCGAAACUCAAACGCGAAAAAAAAAGUAAGAUGAGAUUACCCACAAUGCUACUUUUUAUUUACGUUUCUUCGCAAUAGAUGAUAUCUUUUUUCUGGAGUUGGUGAAUUUAUUUAUUUAAUGAUUUAUAUUAUAUUUUUUCAAUCAUUUAAUUUUAUUUUUGGUGCGUUGCAUGGCAUAUUUACACUAAACUUUAUAGUGAUGUGUUUGGAAGUAAUCUAAGGAACAUAUACCAUGUCGGGUAAAAGCGAAAGAAUUUUUUUUCCGUGUUUCGGUAGCACAAUGUUUUUCUCGCGCAUAAACAGACAAACGGAAUACGGCUAUUAUUAAAGAGAGAUGUAAAAAAAUCCACGUGACAGUCUUCUUCUUUUGCGUUGAGAACAACGGACGGAAAAAAUAGGCGACAGAACGCCGUGUUUCAAACUUAUAAUAAAAUUCUUGCAAUUUGUUUCUGAAAAGAGAAGAGGAUAGCUGUAUGGAUCAGCUAUUCUGUGAUUCCAAGUCGUUUUUUUUUCGUUGCAUAUUAAACUGUUUAUUUAUUACAAAUAUAUUUUUGUUAUGAGAAAGAAUUGAACUGUAUAUCUUAUUGCAACAUAGAAUUUAUUUAUUUGCGAAAAUAUUUCUUUCACCGUAA